CUGUGUGUGUUGACACAUCUGCCAGCCACAAAAAAAUUUCUGUUUACGUGUAUAAUUUUUGUAAUUUUCAAAUGUAUCUAAUCGGUCUACAAAAACAACAGAAGAAGAUAAUACAUUUCAUUUCUUUGUUUAUUUUAAAUUAAAAAAGCGCAAUGGCUAUACACGUCAAUGCAAAUACUUUAAAAUACGUCAGCCUAAUCACUUUAACAUUACAAAAUGCCAUACUCGGCCUCAGUAUGCGGUAUUCACGAACGCGUUCCAAAGACAUGUUCCUAAGCUCUACUGCGGUUCUAAUGUCGGAAGUGGCUAAAUUGAUAACGUGCAUAUUUUUAGUAUUCAAUGAAGAAGGCAAAGAUGCACGUAAAUUUGUCAAAACUUUAAAAAAGACUAUUAUUGAAAAUCCUAUAGAUACUCUGAAAGUAUGUGUACCAUCUAUGGUUUACAUAGUACAGAAUAACUUGUUGUACGUUUCGGCAUCACAUUUAGAUGCAGCCACGUACCAAGUUACAUAUCAAUUGAAAAUUCUCACAACUGCAAUGUUUGCCGUAGUUAUUCUACGUCGCAAACUCUUGUCUUCCCAAUGGGGAGCUUUAAUUCUUUUACUUGUGGGUAUAAUUUUUGUACAAUUAGCUCAAACCGAAGAACCGGAUGUAGCUUACGCUGCAGCGGCUUCGAGGCCAGUACAAAAUCGAAUGUUUGGUUUGUGGGCAGCGAUAGGAGCAUGUUUUCUAUCUGGGUUUGCCGGUAUAUACUUUGAAAAGAUUCUCAAAGGAGCUGAGAUCUCUGUUUGGAUGCGGAAUGUCCAACUCAGUUUACUCAGUAUACCAUUUGGAGCUAUUACAUGUUUCCUAAACGAUGGGGAUAAAAUUCUAAAGGAUGGCUUCUUCUUUGGUUAUGAUGGAUUUAUUUGGUAUCUGGUGCUUCUGCAAGCUGGUGGUGGACUUAUAGUUGCUGUUGUUGUGAAAUAUGCCGACAACAUUCUAAAAGGCUUUGCAACUUCUCUUGCAAUUAUAAUAUCUUGCGUGGCAUCUAUUUAUCUAUUCGAUUUCAAUUUAACCUUACAAUUUACUGCCGGUGCGGCACUUGUGAUAGCUUCGAUAUUUUUGUAUGGUUACGAUCCGAAUAAAGGAGGCAAGUUGGCAGUUAGACCGUCUUUGGAUGAGGAAAAACUCUUACCUCGUGUUUAAGGUAUCCCCGAACUCAAAUGAAAUUUACUGGCUAAGAUCAUUCCUUUUUUAUGUAAAGUUAAAUUUUAAUCACACAUGCACAUCAUAUCACACACUGAGUGAAUCCUAUUUGCCAGUAUUUAUUAUAUAUUAUAUACCUUUUCCUAUAUAUAAUUAAUUAUGUAUUUUUAUUUUAAAUGAACUGAGUUAUAGUUUAUGUUUUUGAAGAGAAUUAUAUGUCUUACAUUAUAAAAUGCAUAAAUAUGUUUUUGUGCAUUGUUUAAAAGUUCCAAAUAAUAUUCAUAUAUGUAGAUUAGAUAGGAAUUCUCAUUUUUUGACUUUGAAAAUACCCGUUUUAUUUAUUAAGUUCUUCAGCUUCUUGAACACAAUUAUAGCGGUAUCAUAUACCUUCGGUGCAGAUAAUGAAGACUGAUUUACUUUUGUUUAUAUUUUUUUCAUGUUUCUGCACAAAGUUAAACACAUUUUUUUUCAUAAAAAUAUAAAAAAAUAUUGUAUUGUA